UAACCUGAAAGGGGCGUGGCCAGCUGUAACGUUAGCAACCACGCAGAACGGCGAAGAGCGGCUGACGUUACUUCACAGCAAGGCGCUCCGCGAAUCUAAAAACCCGAAUCUUUAAAACAUUGGAGUGGAUCUUAUCUCAUUUUCCAGGAUCGUCGAUAUUUGAACGUCAAGCUUCCGUGGGCUGAGCGAUGCCAUUGGCCACCAGCUGCGACUGCCCCCACCUGGACUGUGUGGGGGAGAUCACCAAGGAAGAACUGAUCCAGAAGUCCCAUGGCCAGUGUCAAGACUGCAAAGUCGGAGGACCCAAUUUGUGGGCGUGUUUGGAGAACGGCUGUGCUUACGUAGGCUGCGGAGAGUCUCACGCUGACCACAGCACGGGACACUCGCAGGAGACGGGCCACAACCUGACGGUGAACCUGACCACACUUCGAGUGUGGUGUUACGCCUGCGGCAAGGAGGUGUUCCUGGACCGGAAACUCGUCCCUCAGCCCCUGCAGUCCAGCAGCAAGCUCCUCCCCUCCUCUCCGAUUGCGGCCCAGACACGCAACAGUUCUGCCGUGAGCCCUACAUCGCUCCGAGUUUCCCCAAAUGGUGUCUGUGAAGACCUGGACAUGGAGACGGAGGAAGAGGACGACAUCCGAGCUCGAGGCCUAACGGGACUAAAGAACAUUGGCAAUACGUGCUACAUGAACGCCGCCCUUCAAGCCCUGUCCAACUGUCCGCCUUUGACGCAAUUCUUUCUGGAGUGUGGUGGCCUGGUGAGGACGGACAAGAAGCCAGCGCUCUGCAAAAGCUACCAGAAGCUGGUGUCGGACCUUUGGCACAAGAACAGACCCUCCUAUGUGGUCCCUACUAGUCUGUUCCAGGGAAUUAAAGCCAUAAACCCAAUGUUCAGGGGAUAUUCUCAGCAGGACUCGCAGGAGUUUCUGCGCUGCUUGAUGGACCAACUUCACGAGGAGCUGAAGGAGAUACUACCUGAGCCGUACGAGCAGUCCAGUGACAUUACGAUAGGCGACUGCCCGGAGCAGGACAACCGUAGCCAGUCGGACAAUGACUUCCAGUCGUGUGAGUCAUGCGGCAGCAGCGAGCGGGCCGAAAACGAGGCGCAGCCCGCCAGCAUGCCGUCAGACAACGAGAUGGAGAUGCUGAUUCCCGAGCAAGAUGACAUCCAGGCCAAUAGGGAGUGGCAGAAAGAGAAGAACAUGAUCAACGACAUCUACCGCUGCGGCGUGAACGAUGUCAUGGAGGACAACAACACAGGGGACAUGGACAAGGAUGUGGACACCACCACAGAGACCAACACCAUCAUCAGCAGUCAGGGACACAUUAAAGUGCAAAGCAGGACAUCAGAAUCUUUUCCAGACAUCCAAAUAUCCAAACUCGCAAGACCCCAAAGCCCAGUGCCCAUGGAGGGGCACAUUUCCAAAAUAUCCACCAGUCCACCCAAAGCUUCCUCUGUCUGGCCUUGCCUCAACGCUGCACACAAGAAAGCAGUCAGCACCUUCUCCCCACCUAAGAGCAAGUGUCAAAAGAAAUACCGCAGCGUCAUCUCGGACGUCUUUGACGGGACCAUCGUGAGCUCGGUGCAGUGCCUCACCUGCGAUCGGGUGUCCGUCACAUUGGAGAACUUCCAGGAUAUCUCCUUACCCAUCCCGGGCAAGGAAGACCUGGCCAAGCUCCACUCCUCCACUCACCAGACAUCCCUGGUCAAAGCCGGCUCCUGCGGGGAAGCGUACGCGGCGCAGGGCUGGAUCGCCUUUGUCAUGGAGUACAUCAAGAGCUGGUUCUGGGGUCCAGUGGUGACGCUACAAGAUUGUCUGGCAGCCUUUUUUGCCAGAGAUGAGCUGAAAGGAGACAACAUGUACAGCUGUGAAAAAUGCAAGAAGUUGCGAAAUGGAGUCAAGUUUUGCAAAAUGCAAAGCUUGCCAGAGAUCCUGUGCAUCCAUUUGAAGCGCUUUCGGCACGAGUUGAUGUUCUCCACCAAGAUUGGCACCCACGUUUCCUUCCCCCUAGAGGGCCUGGACCUGCAGCCCUUCCUGACCAAGGAUAGCUUGGCGCAGACAGCCAACUACGACCUGCUGUCGGUCAUCUGCCACCACGGCACUGCCAGCAGUGGCCACUACAUCGCCUACUGCAGGAACACCGUCAACAACCUGUGGUACGAGUUUGACGACCAAAGUGUCACGGAGGUCUCCGAGUCUUGCGUCCAGAAUGCUGAAGCUUACGUGCUCUUCUAUAAAAAGAGCAACGAGGACGUGCUGAAGGAGCGUAGGAGGGUGUCUGGCUUACUCGACAUGAUGGAGCCCAGCCUCCUGCAGUUCUACAUCUCCCGCCCGUGGUUCAACAAGUUCAAGACAUUUGCAGAGCCGGGGCCUAUUUCCAACGACGACUUCCUGUGCACGCAUGGAGGAGUACCGCCCAACAAAGCGUCCUACAUCGACGACCUGACCGUAAUGCUGCCUCAGAACGUGUGGGAUCACCUUUACAGCAGGUACGGCGGAGGACCAGCUGUCAAUCACCUGUACGCCUGCCACACAUGCCAGAUUGAGAUAGAGAAGCUGGAGAGGCGGCGCAAGUCAGAACUAGACAUGUUCAUCCGGCUGAACAAGGCGUUCCAGGAGGAGGAGUCUCCAGUGGUCAUAUACUGCAUCAGCAUGCAGUGGUUUCGCGAGUGGGAGGGCUUCGUCAAAGGCAAAGACAACGAUCCACCAGGACCCAUUGAUAAUUCCAAGAUAACGGUGAACAAGGGUGGCCAUUUAACACUCAAACAAGGGGCAGACUCCGGCCAGAUCUCAGAGGAGACGUGGAACUUCCUCCACGCCAUCUAUGGCGGUGGACCCCUGGUGACCGUGUGGCCCAACGUGGGCCACCAGGACACCGAGACGUCCCAGUCCGAGGAGAAGAUCGAGAUGGAGACACGCUCUCUUUAAGGCGGCAAGUCCAGCAGGAAGGGAAUGGGUGAUCUUUUUUUUUUAUUUUACUUUGCACUUGACUUUCAUUUUGAUCAAUGAAGCUAAAAGGGAACUCUUCGUCUCCAAGAGGGAACCGAGCUUCCUGGCGUUGUACAGAAGUCUGUAAAAAGAGCUACUGGGUUUUUAUUAGCACUGUAGUCAGCUUGUUUUCACAAUAUUUUAAAUGUGUGCAGCUAAGAAGGAAAAAUAUCCACUGAAUGCCAUAAUGCCAUGUUAUCAUCCUUAUUAUUUUGUCUGUUCUUGUUGAAGCAAAUGAGCACCUAGCACACGUUUUUGUUUUGUUUUCCUGCGAUUUGUUAUUGCAGAUCGUCACAAUAUGUCUUGCUGUUGUAUUCUAGCCAUGUCCAAGGAGGGGAAGAGUGAGACUGAUAUGAAGGGACUAUUUAUUAUUAUGAUCGGUCACGCUUGAAUGUACUGAUGUACUUUGUUGAUUGAGACUCAGCACUUGUCACGGAAAGAAGGGGAAUUUACAGUUUUGUAUCAAAAAGGUAGCUUCACGAUGCAUGCUUUGAACAUUUUCAAAACUAAAUCUCAUGCAGCUCUUUGUAAAUGCUAAACGUGCACGACCCAAUGGGAGUAAUCAUCAUCAUCAUCAUCUGCAGGCUAAUUACGGGCAUUAUUUGGCGUUUGGGCUCUGCUGCUGCAUAUUGGAAGGGAUGCUGUCAUCUUUAGGAGUCAGCAUAUGGACCAGUAAGGAAGAUCAAUUCUGAUUUUUGUUGCCUCGCACAAUUAAAACAAAAAAGUUGAUGAAACCUUAA